CAGGCUGCGGUCUGUGCAAGCCGAGCUAGCACGAUGGCUCCCGUCAGCGAGUGCGGGCCAAAACUGAUGCUGAUUGUUUUGUUGUCUUCGAUCCUGGCGCUGCGAGGAACGCUUGCCCAGGUUGCGACACUACAGCAACCUUCCUCCAUCGGCCCCAAGGACGUGUCGACAUCAAAAGGAGUUGUUCUUGUGCGUAACCACGAUACUUAUCGUAUCGGAAUGUUUUCAGGGCGUUGUGGUGUUCAUCACCGGUGCUCGGACGGAACCUGCGUGAGCAUUUAUGACGUUUGUGAUGGCACUGACGAUUGCCUGUACCGCAGUGACGAAAAAAAUUGUUCGUGUCCGAAGAAUCACCGGCCUUGCGGAAUCGAAGGCUAUUAUAUCAGACAGAAAUGCAUUCCCAGUGAUCAGUUCUGUGACAACAACGCUCAUUGUUUAAAUGGCUUCGACGAGUCUCAAAGAGCAUGCGGCUGCAUAAAUGGAUACCAAUGCGAAUUAUCGAAGCUCUGCAUUUCACGCUCUUUGCGCUGUGACGGUAAAGUUGACUGCGAAGAUGGAUCUAAGUCGGACGAAGAAAACUGUGGAGAGUGCAAAGGCCACCACCAGUGUGGUGAUGGUUCUUGCGUGAGCAUCUUCGAUGUUUGCGACGGUGUGGAGAACUGCCGCGAUGGCAGCGACGAACGCAACUGCUCUUGCGCUGCCGGGAUGCGGGCCUGCGGAGUCGAAGACGAUCGCAAUAACGGACCUUGUCUACCAUUCGCUGAGUUCUGUAACGGCCGUUCACACUGUCUGAAUGAUUUUGACGAGUCCAACAGCAUUUGCGGAUGCAAGACUGGCUAUUUCCAUUGCAAGCUUUCGAAGCUAUGCAUUGACCAGAAGAUGCGUUGUGACGGCAAUAACGAUUGUCUGGACAAUUCCGAUGAAGAGGAUUGUGGCUGUGAUGCUCACCACCAGUGCGGUGAUGGUUCUUGCGUGAGCCGCCACCAAGUCUGCGAUGGCGAAAUGAACUGCGUUGAUGGAAGCGACGAACAGAACUGCCCGUGUCCUGCUGGGACGCGGGCGUGCGGCGUCGAAGAUGGCGCGCCCUGCGUGCGUGCCUCGCAGUUCUGCGACGAAGGGCGCCACUGCCGCAACGGAUACGACGAGUCACCCGAAGCCUGCGGUUGCGGUGAUGGCUUCCAGUGCCGCCUGACGCGGCAGUGCGUGGACAAGACUCUGCGCUGCGACGGCCAGCCUCACUGCGCCGACGGCUCCGACGAGCACAACUGCAGCUGCGGGCUUCACCACCAGUGUGGUGAUGGUUCCUGCGUGAGCCGCUACGAAGUUUGCGAUGGCAUUCAGAACUGUUGUGAUGGCAGCGACGAACGCAACUGCUCGUGUCCUGCUGGGAAGCGGGCGUGCGGCGUCGAAGAUGGCGCGCCCUGCGUGCGUGCCUCGCAGUUCUGCAACCGCGGGCGCCAAUGCCGCAACGGAUACGACGAGUCACCCGAAGCCUGCGGUUGCGGUGAUGGCUUCCAGUGCCGCCUGACGCGGCAGUGCGUGGACAAGACUCUGCGCUGCGAUGGCCAGCCUCACUGCGCCGACGGCUCCGACGAGCACAACUGCAGCUGCUGGCUUCACCACCAGUGUGGCGAUGGUUCUUGCGUGAGCCGCCACCAAGUCUGCGAUGGCGAAAUGAACUGCGUUGAUGGAAGCGACGAACAGAACUGCCCGUGUCCUGCUGGGAAGCGGGCGUGCGGCGUCGAAGAUGGCGCGCCCUGCGUGCGUGCCUCGCAGUUCUGCGACGGGGGGCGCCAAUGCCGCAACGGAUACGACGAGUCACCCGAAGCCUGCGGUUGCGGUGAUGGCUUCCAGUGUCGCCUGACGCGGCAGUGCGUGGACAAGACUCUGCGCUGCGACGGCCAGCCUCACUGCGCCGACGGCUCCGAUGAGCUUAACUGCACUUUGUGAAUCACGCAAAAAAUAACUUGAUUCUUUACUAAUUUAUGAACUUAUAUGUGAUACCCUCAUUACGGUAUCGCAGUUUUAUUACUUGCUUACCUGCACAGACUUUUUUCUCGCCUUGAUUUUGUAAUGUAUUAUUAAAAUUCGGAUUUUGCCCAAUAAUUAUCGGUAUCCUCCUCUUGAAUCGCUGUCCUCUUACCGCAUUGGUCUUCAAGUCAUGAAUUGUUCCUCGUAUCGUACAUAUAGCAUUAAAUAUACGUAUUCAAACUUUAUUAUAUAUAACUUUAUUAUAUUCGAACUUUAAGUGCUAUUAUAUAUCGCCUUAAUUCGUGCUACUCACUAGAAGCACUCAUGUGCUUGUCUCGCAGGCUGACAGAGUCGCGUGUGAAACGCACACCCAGAGAAAUGUAGGAGACUUUUUUAAACAUACACUUGUGCCCGAAAUUAUUCACUCCCUAACGUCAAUUCGACAAAUUACGAGAAAUAGACCAAAAAAUAAUUAUCUGAAACUUUAAAGCAGAUGUAAACCAUUUAUGAACCAUAUAACAUGUAUUUAGAAACCAAAAAACAUUUUUUUUCAGUUUUGGAAAGAGAUACAAAGGAAACAUAAAAUUGACUCAUGACCAAAUUUAUUCAUACCCUGAAUCAAUUGUUAAUAUCAUGGCCUUUUUACUCGUGAUAACUUGUUGUAAACGCUUUGGGUAAUGGUCAACAAGGUUCCUGCAUGUAUCGACGCUAAGUUUCGUCCAUUCUUCCUAGGGACACUGUUCCAAUUUUUUUCAAAUUUUUCGGUUGUCUCUUUUUUUCAGCUGUGUUUUCAGUACGCGCCACAAAUUCUCAAUUGUAUUGAGACCUGGACUUUGACUAGGCCAUUCCAUGACAUUGAUGUGAGAAUCCUCGAACCACUUCAUGACUAUUUUCUAUGUGUGCUUAGGAUUCUUAUCCUGCUGAAGAAUCUAAUCUGGACCAAGAAAAAAUUUUCUGUAUCCUGCUGAUGUUAUAUUUGGCAAUAUCAAAAUAUUGUUCUUUUUACAUGACCCCGAUUACUUUGAUCAGACUUCCAGGUCCCCUGGCUGAAAAUGAACCCCAAAAAAUAAGAUUCCCACCGCCAUGUUUAACUGUGGGGAUUGUGUUCUUUGGAUUAUGAGCCUCACCUUUUUUUCUCCAAGCGUAAGCAACAUUCAUAAGCCCGAAUAAUUCUAUUUUAGUUUCAUCUCUCCACAAAAUCUUAGAGAAAAAUGAGGUUGGGGAAUCGACAGGAGUUUUAGCAAACUUCAGACAUGCUUUCACAUGCUUUUCUGUUAGCAAUGUAGUUUUCCUGGGUCGAAAACCCUUCAGUCCGUUACGACGCAUUGUUCUUUGAAAUGUUUGUCUUGAUACCUUCAUAUCAAAAGCAUCCAAAUUUGAUAUAAUUUCCUUACUAGUGAUCCUAUAAUUGUUACAAAUGGAGCGUAUUACAUUUCUAGCACAUCUAGGGGAGAUUUUCCUUUCCUUCCUCGACAAUCUGGUUAUUCACCGUGAUAAAUAAUUUAAUUUUUUUAUAAUGCUCUGUAUUGUAGGCGUAGGAACAUCAAAAUUCUUAGAUAUUGCUUUAUAUCUCAUCUCUUCUUUGUGGGAAUUUAUAAUUUUGCUUCUGAGAUCAUUACUAAGUUUUUUUUUC